UUUGACCCUUGCAAACAAUUGUGGUGCAGCCAUCCUGAUAACCCAUAUUUUUGUAAGACCAAGAAAGGUCCUCCUCUCGAUGGGACAGAAUGUGCUCCUGGAAAAUGGUGCUACAAGGGUCACUGUAUGUGGAGAACCACUAACCAAGUCAAACAAGAUGGCAACUGGGGAGCAUGGUCAAAAUUUGGAUCCUGUUCAAGAACUUGCGGUAUUGGUGUCCGAUUUAGAACACGUCAGUGCAAUAGUCCAAUGCCAGUGAAUGGUGGCCAAGACUGCACAGGAUUGAACUAUGAGUAUCAGUUGUGUAACACUGAAGAAUGUCCUAAGCACUUUGAAGACUUCAGAGCACAGCAAUGUCAUCAGAAGAACUCCCACUUUGAAUUUCAGAAUUUAAAACAUCAUUGGCUGCCCUAUGAACAUCCUGAUACCAAUAAAAGAUGCCAACUCUAUUGCCAGUCCAAACAGACAGGAGAUAUUGCAUCAAUGAAGCAACUUGCACAUGAU